ACGCGAUCUAAGAUACAAGGCCGAACGAUAAUCGUUAAAAAUAGCUUCAAGGAGCCAGAAGUUUUAAAUCUGAAAAAAUAUACUCGAUAUAUGUGUAUAUAUGCAUAUGCAUAUAUAUCAUAUAUGGCAAAAAUUCGCAAACUUGUGAACCCGUCAAAAAAAUCACGCACGCGUAGAUAAAAACUGUGACGUCACGUCACGACAGCAGCCAUUUUACCCAUACAAUGGAGGAGAAGGCUUCCCUUCGCGAGCUUGACCAGUGGAUAGAACAGUUGAACGAUUGCAAACAACUGACAGAAAGCCAAGUGAAAACCCUCUGUGACAAGGCGAAAGAAAUCUUAGCCAAGGAAUCGAAUGUACAAGAGGUGAAAUGUCCAGUGACGGUGUGCGGAGAUGUUCACGGACAAUUUCACGAUUUAAUGGAACUCUUCCGAAUAGGUGGAAAAUCACCUGACACAAACUAUUUAUUCAUGGGAGAUUACGUCGACCGUGGAUACUAUUCUGUCGAGACCGUUACUCUACUUGUAGCUCUUAAGGUGAGGUAUCGUGAGAGAAUAACUAUUCUGCGUGGAAACCACGAGUCGAGACAAAUCACACAAGUUUAUGGAUUUUACGACGAAUGCCUGCGGAAAUACGGUAAUGCCAACGUCUGGAAAUUCUUCACGGAUUUGUUCGAUUACCUGCCCCUGACAGCUUUGGUCGAUGGCCAAAUCUUCUGUUUACAUGGCGGACUUUCGCCCUCGAUCGACACACUGGAUCACAUUCGCGCGUUAGAUCGUCUUCAAGAAGUGCCGCACGAGGGACCCAUGUGCGAUCUUCUAUGGUCAGAUCCGGAUGAUAGAGGAGGAUGGGGAAUUUCUCCUCGUGGAGCCGGUUAUACUUUUGGCCAGGAUAUUUCCGAAACGUUUAAUCAUUCAAACGGCUUAACGCUCGUUUCCCGUGCGCAUCAGCUCGUCAUGGAGGGCUAUAAUUGGUGUCAUGAUCGCAAUGUCGUGACUAUUUUCUCUGCCCCUAAUUAUUGUUAUCGUUGUGGUAAUCAGGCUGCAAUUAUGGAACUGGAUGACGCAUUGAAAUAUUCAUUCCUGCAGUUUGACCCUGCACCAAGACGUGGUGAGCCGCAUGUGACUAGGAGGACGCCGGAUUACUUCCUGUAAGAUCAGAAAUCGAUGGAUGCUCGUUCUGAGGUAGGAGAUGGAAAAAAUUCUGAUUUUAUAGCGAUGGUACGGAUUGCAAGACACAAGAGAACAUCGGGACGAGUGUAAGGAACCGGAGUGGGUGAGCCUUACACGCCAAAACAUAUAGUUGCAAGUAUUAUAUAUAUGGUGGCUCGCGAAAGGUGCCUAUCAAUCGGCGAAGAAGCAAAAAUUGUCCGCCAACGCAUUCGCGCGCAAUGCGUAACAUAAUAACACCGUACACGUAGAGACUCGAAAACACAGUUACUCAUGCAGAAGAAAACAAUAAUAAUUGUACGCGUGUACUACCUUAAAUUCACUUGAGACAUUGAGUUUAACGUUCUUGUUGUUGUUUCUUUUCUUCUUCUUUUUCUUCAGUGUAAUGCUUAUAUUUUUCAUCCCGGAACGAGACCCAUUCAUACAUAGAGACACACAUAAACAUAUGAACACACUCAUACGCAAAAAACAACUCGGACCCGCCGAAUGUACUCAUUGAUUUUCAUAAGGAACGACGAGUUGUCGGUUCUCCGGUGAAAAACAUUUGUCGUUCGAGAUUUCGGAUAUUUGUACAUUUAAGAGUGUAUUGCAUUACGACAGGUAUGAACGGAGCAUAUGUAAUCCGUAAGGGCAUAUAAAACAAAAAAUAAUAAGGGUUGAUGCAACAGUGAUUCAACUCGUGUCGAAGGGCGUGGCAUUUACUGCGUUCUUAAUAAUUUCGUUGAGCGAAUUCAUUAUUAUUAUUAUUAUUAUUAUUAUUAAUUAUUAUUAUUAUUAUUAUUAGAUAACAAACAUUUCCUAGAUUAAUCAACAUUCAUUAGACUCGCCGUGGACCAGAAACCGUUUUUUCUCUACUGACUUCGUACAUUUAUAGAUAUAUAUAUAUGCGCAAUGAAUAUUGAUUUUUUCUAAAGCUCAGUUUUUUUUCUACAUCUCUCAGCGAAUGCGACGCAUGUUUCUCAAACAAAAAAAAAACUAGGAUACUGUAUUUUUAUUGUUGUACUUCGGCAUUUAUUUCUCCCAGAGAAGAAUUUUUACGAUACGAAAACCAUUAGUGUAUUCGAAAUUUAUAAAAUAUGGACGAAAGUUGGCCGAAUAAUAAAAUAUCUCUCUUCACAUUGAAAAUUUCUUCUUUAGGAUACAUGUUACAAGAUCUCCGGCACUUUUGCAUCAAUCCCUGGCGAACUUAUCGCUGAAACACGCACCUAAAUCGAGGACAGAUUGUUCGUGACGAUACCGAUCAACUUUUUACUAAUUGCUAAGUAUAAGUGAAGCUUCUGAUGAAUAAACACAUGUAAUGCAAGCCAAAAA